GUUUUCCUCGCGCAGUUGCUCGUUGCCUUCUGGUGCGGCGGCCGCGGGAAGGAGGCUCCCCUUUCCCCCAGGGCGGCUAAAUUUCAUAACAGAUCGUAUCUGAUUUGCCUUCAGGAAGAAUCCUGAAUCCUACUUACCUCUGAAAAUGGCAUUUAACAAUCUGACUUCGAAGGCUGCACUGAUUUACGAUGAAUGGAUUAAAGAUGCUGAUCCACGAGUUGAUGGCUACCCACUCAUGUCUUCACCUUUACCACAAACACUUAUUAUUGGAGCUUAUAUAUAUAUUGUCACUAAUCUAGGACCAAAGUUCAUGGAGAACAGAAAGCCUUUUGAUUUGAGGCAAAUAAUGUUUUUUUACAACUUUGGUGUAGUGGCUCUUUCAAUUUAUAUGACGUAUGAAUUCCUCAUGUCUGGCUGGGCUACAGGCUAUACAUAUCGCUGUGAUAUAGUUGAUUAUUCCAGGUCACCUAUGGCUCUCAGGAUGGUUCGUGUCUGCUGGUUGUAUUAUUUUUCCAAAUUCAUUGAGUUGCUAGACACUAUCUUCUUUGUCCUUCGAAAGAAGAAUGCCCAGGUUACAUUCCUACAUGUCUUUCAUCAUUCAAUCAUGCCGUGGACCUGGUGGUUUGGAGUCAAAUUUGCUCCAGGAGGUUUAGGAACUUUCCACGGGAUGAUAAACAGUAUGGUUCAUGUGAUCAUGUACACGUACUAUGGACUUUGUACGCUGGGGCCAGCAUAUCAUAAGCACUUGUGGUGGAAAAAACAUAUGACAACUAUACAGCUGGUGCAGUUCAUUUUGAUCACAAUUCAUAUAGGACAAAUCUACCUCAUGGAUAAUUGCCCAUAUCAGUAUCCUAUCUUCAUAUUCAUUAUUUGGCUCUACGGCUUUGUGUUUUUAAUCCUGUUUCUACAUUUUUGGUAUCAUGCUUACACCAAGGGCCAGCGGCUCCCAAAAUAUAUGAAAAAUGGCGUUAGCAUAAACAAAAAUGAGUGAAGGGCUCAGCUACAAAGUGCAAUGAGUUCUUCAGCUUCCAGUACUUGACAAUCAAGAAGCUUCAGCACACAGCCCACUAGAUGUUUUGUAUAUGGUUUUUUGGGACAGGAAAAUAUAUUUUAUUAUAAAUUAUUUGGAAUUUAAUCUUGAUGUGAGGAGAAGUAAAAACUACUGAUUACAAUCCUCAAAUUUCAGCAAACAUGUACAUAUUGGGAGAAAUAUAUGUAUCAGAAAAACAAAUAUUUAGUAGCUCUCUUAAAUGCUCACGUAUAUUCAUUAUGGAAAUGAAGUGUGUUUGAUAAGUAUACAACAAUACUUUGAACACUGAUGAGGAUACCUGUGUUUUAACUGGGCCACAGGCUCUUUAGGCCGCUCUUAACUGAAAUGGAACAGUUUCAUGGAUGAUAUAAAGGGUAUAAACCACCUUGUUAAUAUAUCUAUCAACUUUGUUUUGUACAAACUUUAUUAAAAACUAUGAUUCAUAAAUCUUCAAAAA